GGUCGAUUUCCUCAUUUACCAAGGAAUUGGAAGAGCACCCUGCAAAGCUACAGAUUAUGAUCACCCCAGAACUCUUAUGCUCAGUUUUACCAAUGGGAACCACUAUGACAUUGUGUACAAAAAAGAUCAUGCUUCAUCUCGAGGAUUUUGCCAGUCUGUUGUGUAUGACAUACUAUACUCAAGAGUUUUUAAACUAAAGGAUGUAAGGCUAGCAGUUGACACAAUGCUGCAUGACAAAGAAUAUGCAACCCUUAGAAGAGAUUCAGCGAAUUCAGCUGAACUGAAAGAGAUAGGUGCCCUUGUGGAAAAAAUACUGGGAACUAGUGUAUCAAGAGAUAAUAGUCAAGAUGAGGGUGAUAAAAACACCAGUACAGAAGAACGACUUAGUUUAGAAGACAUCCAUCCAGAUGAUGUGAAAGGUCUCCUUGCCCAUGGCAUCCCACCAUUCCCAUAUAAAGUUGCAAAAUCUCUAGAUCCUGACAUAUAUCGAAAUAUUGAGUAUGAUGCCUGGAACACUGUUAGGAGAGAAGCUCGUUAUGGUCCCUUUGAUAGCAAUGGAUUUCAAGCAGGUGUAAAGGUGCUGAUCAAAUUAGAAUUAUUACCAAACCGUCAAGAAGUGGAAGACUUGCGGAAGGCCCACAUAGCCACCCGGCAGGGCAGUGGGGAAGGAAAUAUGGGAAAAGCAACUGAGGAGAGAGUGGAUGUUUAUCGUGGCCAUAUACAAGAGAUGUCUGAAAACAAGGGACCAGUAGAUGUUUAUAUUGAAGAAAUUGGCAGCAGGUUAAAGGUACCAUAUGAGUCCUUAGAAAAGGUACCACCCUCUCCACCUCGGUCACCAUGGCACGCGCAAAUGCAACAGGGUGCAGCCAACAAUGGAGCUGCCAGCACUGGGGGUGGGGUGAUAGCAAAUUACAAAAACUUGUCUGGUUAUAAUAGAAAUCACUCUGCCUACCAGAAUCUGAAAUAUCAGUAG